AUGACAGGUCCAGUGCAGGAUUCCCACAGGCUGUCUGUGAAAACAUGGACAGAGGAGGAGAGCGACCGAGCUGACAGCACACCAAGCAGAGCACAGUCCAUGUGUGAUGACACUUCAUCAGAGCUCCAGAGGAUGGUGGCCAAUGACAGAAGGGAUAUUAACUCCCAGAAUGGACGUGGUGCUCUCUCCAGGAUCGUCAACAUGGUGAUGACUCUCAGAGAAUGGGCACAGAAGAGUUUGGCAGAGGAGACGGAGCGGCCUGAUUCCUUCUUGGAGCGUUUCAGAGGCCCCGCCAACGCGGACCAACAAGCCCCGCCCAGCAGGUUCAGCCACACUGGCUCUGAUGUAGAUCAUGAAAUCAGGCGCUCCAGAUACAAGAAGAAGUUUAACGUCGUGGUCUUGUCCCCUUCUGAUGAUGCAUACUACCACUGGUUGAUGGUGAUCGGUUCUGCAGUCUUCUAUAACUGGACCCUACUAGUCGUCAGAGCCUGUUUUGAUGAACUCCAGAUGGAGAACGUGUUGGUGUGGUUGGUUCUGGAUUACCUCUGUGAUGGAGUCUAUAUUCUCGAUAUAGCGGUCCGUCUUCACACAGGUUUCUUGGAUCAAGGGUUGAUGGUGAAAGAUGUGCGGCGCCUGAGAGAAACCUAUGUUCGAACCUUUCAGUGUAAGUUUGACAUUUGCUCCAUCCUUCCAACUGACCUCCUGUACCUGACUGUGGGAAUCAGCUACACUCCUCUGCUUCGAUUCAACCGGCUCCUGCGCCUGCCUCGCCUGUUUGAGUUGUUUGAACGUACUGAGACGCGGACGGGCUACCCCAACGCUUUCCGCAUCUGUAAACUGGUUCUGUACAUCCUAGUCAUCAUCCACUGGAAUGCCUGCGUAUAUUACAGCUUCUCCAAGGCGCUGGGACUGGGCUCAGACUCUUGGGUUUAUCCCAAUGCAUCAGAUCCUGAGUUUGGCUCCCUGACCAGAAGUUACAUAUACUGUCUGUACUGGUCCACCCUCACGCUGACCACCAUUGGAGAGACACCUCCCCCUGUUAGAGAUGAGGAAUAUUUGUUCCUGAUAUUUGACUUCCUGGUUGGUGUUCUGAUUUUUGCCUCCAUUGUUGGAAAUGUUGGAUCCAUGAUUUCCAAUAUGAACGCCACUAGAGUAACCUUUCAGAGCCGUGUAGACACCCUGAAACACUACAUGCACUUCAGACAUGUAAGCAAGGGUCUGGAGCAGCGCGUCAUCCGCUGGUUCGACUACCUCUGGACCAAUCAGAAGACAAUAGAUGAACAGGAAGUGCUGAGGAGUCUGCCAAAUAAACUGAGAGCCGAGAUCGCUAUAAAUGUUCACCUGGACACACUGAAGAAGGUACGUAUUUUCCAGGACUGUGAGGCAGGCCUCCUUGUAGAACUGGUGUUAAAACUUCGACCACAAGUCUUCAGUCCUGGAGACUACAUCUGUCGAAAGGGAGAUGUGGGGAAGGAGAUGUACAUAAUCAAAGAUGGCCAGCUGGCAGUGGUGGGGGAGGAUGGAGUCACCCAGUUUGCAGUUCUGACUUCAGGCAGCUGCUUUGGAGAAAUCAGCAUCCUGAACAUCAGUGGCAGUAAGAUGGGGAACCGACGUACGGCCAAUAUCCGCAGCCUGGGAUAUUCAGACCUCUUCUGCCUUUCCAAACAAGACCUGAUGGAAGCGCUUCAGGAGUUCCCCCACGCCAGGGCCCAGCUGGAACAAAGGGGGCGGGACAUCCUGCAGAAGGAGGGGCUUCUGGAGGAAAUAAACGUGUCUGCAGGGGAGGAGCUGGAAGAGAAGGUGGAGAGGCUGGAAACCAGUCUGGACCGGCUACAGACAUGUUUGGCCCGUCUGCAGAGUGAGUUUAAUUCUUCCCAGCUUCGUCUGAAACAGCGACUCACAACCCUGGAACACAGCACCACCACAGCAGUGACAGGAAGUGGCUUCCUGUCAGACGCCGAUGGCAACGAGAGUGUUUCUGGUGGUGACGGUGUUCGCAGUGAAAUCAACAUCCGGCUCUGAAGGACAUAUUCUGAAUAUGGAAAUAUCUGGAGAAGCAUAGAGCAUUGUUAUUGUCACAACAAAGCUACUGUGUUGCUUUGAGUUUGAAUAAUUCAUUAUUUUUCAUUCUGUAAAGGAAGAACGUGCAAUGUUGAUCCAGUAGAUGUCGCCCCUUAAGCACCAGCAUGAAACCAAA